AUGGACGUCAAAAAGGGAGACUAUGUCGUCCAGGGCGACAUAUUCAAGGCCGACAAUGGAGGCGAAACGGACACCGGGUCAGCCGACCAGAUGCUGGCAUCGUUGGGUUACACCCCCGAGCUGUCACGGAACCGAUCGACGCUUCAAGUCGCCUUCAUGUCCUUCGUCCUGGCAUCCAUCCCUUACGGUCUCGCUACCACGCUCUACUACCCGCUCGUUGGCGGCGGCCCCGUCAACAUCAUCUGGGGCUGGGUCGCCGUGUCGUUGAUUAUCAUCUGCGUUGCGGCGUCGUUAGGCGAGAUCACCAGCGUCUACCCCACGGCCGGCGGCGUCUACUACCAGGCCUUCAUGCUGGCACCCGCCAACUGGCGUCGCAUCGCUGCAUGGGUCUGCGGCUGGCUGUACGUCAUCGGCAACAUCACCAUCACGUUGUCCGUCAACUUCGGUACCACCCUGUUCCUCGUCGGCUGUAUCAACGUGUUCGAGACACCCGAGGGUGAGCCCGUCUUGGCUGGCGACGCUUACCAGGUGUUCCUGAUCUUCCUUGGCAUCACGUUACUCUGCAAUGCAGUGUCAUCGCUGUGUAACAAGUGGUUGCCAAUUCUGGAUACAUUCGCUAUCUUCUGGACUUUGGCUGGUGUUAUCGCUAUCCUGGUAUGCGUCUUGGCUAUUGCUAAGAACGGCCGCCGCGAUGCCGAGUUCGUCUUCACGCAUUUCGAGGUGAACUCGGGAUGGACACCCGGUUGGUCCUUCAUGGUCGGCCUCUUGCACGCUGCUUAUGCCACUUCAUCCACGGGCAUGAUCAUCUCUAUGUGUGAGGAAGUCCGAGACCCCGCCAACCAGGUGCCCAAGGCCAUGGUCUUGACCAUUGUCAUUAACACCGUCGCCGGCCUGUUGUUCAUGAUUCCGCUGGUAUUCGUUCUCCCCGACAUCGUGUCGCUCAUCGAUCUUGCUCAACCCGUCCCGACCAUCAUCAAGAGCGCCGUUGGCAGCGCAGGUGGUGCAUUUGGACUGCUCAUCCCGCUGAUCGUCCUUGCCAUCAUCUGCGGUAUCGGUUGCACUACGGCUUCAUCGCGAUGUGUCUAUGCCUUUGCUCGCGAUGGCGCCAUCCCCGGCUCCAAUCUGUGGAAGAAGGUCAACCCCAAGCUGGAUGUCCCUGUCAACGCUAUGAUGCUCUGCAUGGUCGUCGAAAUCAUUCUUGGACUCAUCUACUUCGGCUCGACCGCCGCGUUCAACGCUUUCUCUGGAGUCGGUGUUAUUGCGCUCACGACCUCUUAUGCGACGCCCAUUGUCGUCAGCAUGAUGGAAGGUCGCAAGACCGUGCGUACCGCCAGCUUCCAUCUAGGUGCACUGGGCUGGUUCUGUAACAUUGUGGCUAUCUCCUGGUCAUUACUCGUCAUUCCCCUCUUCUGCAUGCCGUCUACCGUCCCGGUCGUCGACCCUACGACAAUGAACUACGCCUCGGUCGUGUUCGUUGCUUUUACGCUCAUCUCGUUAGCAUGGUAUGUUGCAUGGGGUCGCAAGUACUACACCGGCCCGCGCGGACCUCCGACCUAA